UGUCAAUUUUGACAGUUCAUUCACGCACGAGAAAAAUCUGCUUCAAAAUUUUGCUGCAAAGAUUUUCCAGUGAUUUUUGAAUAAAAGAAAAUACCUCUAUUCACCAUUUAAAAUGGCUCCAAAAAAGGGUGGCUUUAUGUCAUUCUUCAAGGAUAUCUACAACGACGAGUUCAAGUGGUCCCUCGUGAAGAGCGCAUCGUUAUUCAUUGUAGGAGUUCGAGUUGCGAAGGAGUGCGUCGGUCUGGAGCUGAUGCCGGCCAUUCCACAUUAAGUGCAUUGUUGAAAUUGAGCCAUUUUAGUUGAUAGAUUGCCCCAAUUGGAAGGAAUGAAAUAAAAUUGUUCUUUAGUGGUACCUCCUUG